CGACUCACAACAAACCGAUUGGGAAACCAUUGAAUGGUUUAUCAAUCGUGACGUUAGUGUCGACACAUGUGUCCAACACAUGCCUCUCAGGCCUCAAUAGAGUGACAUUUUGCUGACAUUGAAUACCGGAGCCGACUCUCUGUGCCAUUGCCUACACUUCCCAUUGAGUUCACGCGUGUCUGUCCCUCACAGUCACCACUAAUAGCAUUUAAAUCCCAUUUAUUAAUCCGAUUAUAAUCCAUAACAGACAUCUCGUGUGAGAUCACGUGAACCCCAUUUACCACACCAUCGACUGCUGAGGAAGAUUGCAAUGAGUCCACCGCAACCGAUACAACCGGGCGACUCAUGCGCCUACGGGUCCCCGAAGUACUUCGCCCUCUGCGGGCUGGGAGGCGUGUUGUCGUGCGGUAUCACCCAUACGGCACUCACGCCCCUGGAUCUGGUGAAGUGUCGCAUUCAAGUGAAUCCAACCAAAUUCAAGGGAAUCGUAUCGGGCUUUCAGGUGACCCUCAAGGAGGAGGGCGUGCGAGGGCUGGGCCGUGGGUGGGCGCCCACCGCCUUCGGGUACUCACUGCAAGGUCUGGGAAAGUUUGGCUUAUAUGAGGUGUUCAAGAAAGUGUACGCCGACGCCAUCGGCGAGGAGGCCUCCUAUCAGUGGCGGACGUCUCUCUAUUUGGCGUCCAGUGCUUCCGCCGAACUGUUCGCCGACAUAGCUCUCUGUCCCUUCGAGGCCUGUAAGGUGCGGACCCAGACAUCUCCCGGUGCGUCCGCCCAGUUGAGAGUCGUUAUGCCGCAGAUCUGGAAAAACGAGGGCUUCGGUGGCUUUUAUAAGGGUCUGACCCCUCUCUGGAUGCGACAGAUUCCCUACACGAUGAUGAAGUUCGCCUGUUUCGAGCGCACUGUCGAGUUGCUGUACAAACAUGUAGUUCCCAAACCUAGGGCUGAGUGCAACAAAGCGGAACAGUUGACGGUGACGUUCACCGCCGGUUAUAUCGCCGGUGUCUUCUGCGCCAUUGUCUCACAUCCGGCCGAUACUGUGGUAUCGAAGCUGAAUCAGGAUAAGGGCAGCACUGCUGGAGGGGUGCUCAAGAAGUUGGGAUUUGGCGGUGUAUGGAAGGGUCUGACCCCCAGGAUUAUUAUGAUCGGUACGCUAACAGGGCUCCAGUGGUUCAUCUAUGACGCGGUCAAAGUGUGGCUCCGUAUGCCGCGACCCCCGCCCCCGGAAAUGCCCGAAAGUCUUAAGAGAAAAUUGGCUGCAAAACAACAAUAAGGGCCAAAAGUUUUAGUGUUUUAAUAAAUAUAAUUAAUUCAAAAGGAAAUUUUAAUUUAACUAAUUAAUGAGAUAAUUAUUCACAAAAUUGUUAUUUUCCAAAUGCAUAAGAUUUUAGUUUUCAAACUCAAUACAAUGUUUUAAUUGUCAAAUAAAUGUACACAAACUUUUUAGUGACAAACAUUUUUUCUUUUGAGACAUAAUUGUUAAACACAUUUAGGUUUAAAAUUUAGGCAUAUUUUUGUUCUCAUUUUUUGUCAAUUUAUAGCUUUCUUUGAGUAUUUUAAUCGAGUUUUCAAUGCUUUUCCACCGAAGCUGUUGAUCACUGACUCGUUAAUCAUCGCGAAAUAGGUUUAAAAUAGGAUUUUAAUUACAAAUUGCAUUCAAUUAUUAUAAUAAAUAGUUUCAGAGGUG